AUGAGUGACAUAAUUAGAGGUUGGCUUUACGGAUGGCUUGGUAAAAAGAAGUUGGGUACUCCGAAUUAUGACAUAAAACAGAUUCCUAAGCGUGGAACGCGUAGCCAGUUCCGCUGCGAGCUUCGAGUUCCAGGGCAAGAUUAUGUUGGUUUGGGUGUUUCGGCAAACAAAAAAGAUGCUGCAAUAAAUGCGGCUCGUGACUUCGUUCAGUACCUUGUUAGGCAAAAAUUGGUCACAGCAGAGGAAGUCCCAGCGAUAUCAUCGUCCUCAGAGGUCAAUGUAGAGGAUCAUGAGGGUUGGCAUGAUGGCGCCUCUUCACUAGGCUUGGAAAGAAUGGAGCAGAAGCCGGAAGUUCUCAUGAAACCUGGUAAUUGUACAUCUGAUAUGAGACGCAUGAACGUUCAAUCGUUAACUGAACAUGAGAAGUACAUUGCUAAAAGAGCGGCAGAAGUUUCUCAGUCUGAAUCUGUUGACUUGCUCGCAGAUAUUCAUGGUGGUUGGACCGUUGAUAAUAGUAAAAUGCAACUGAACGAAUACUUGCAAAAAAACAGGCAGCCAGCUAUGCAGUAUACUACUGUUGGAACUGGAAGCGAUCACGCAAGGACUUUUAUAUCGGAAGCCAAAAUAUUUUCGCCUCAGUUGCACCGCACAAAUGUAAGAGUUAGAGUCGCAAGGUCAUUGUCGCUUCCACAUGUCUAUAUUGGUGAUUUUCCAGUCAUCACUGGUCGCGCACAAGGAUCAUCGAAAAAGAUUGCAGAAUCCUCAUGUGCGCUUACCAUUGUGCGGCAACUCUAUCAUAGUGGUAUUAUUGGCGCUUACUCGGGAGAGAAAAAGAAGAAAAUUACUGCUGAAAAUUUAAACGAAAUAGAAGUCUCAGUUAAUUCAGUCCUUGCUGAGUCAAUUCGGGAAUACUUAUCAGCUGCGGAGAUAUCUGAAGUUAAAAAUGUUGAGAAUGCUACUGUGGAAUCACCUGUAUCGCUUUUGAUUUCACAAAAGUUAGAAACUUUCGAAUCUGCGGAACCUGUAGUUGCGGGGAGUAUUCUUUGGAGUCCAGCAAUAGAAAAUUGGGACCCAUGGAGAGCUGCAAAUAUUGAUGAACCUCCUUUAUCACGAAUGACUCUAGAGGAAAUUAGCGUUGAUUUAACGAGAAAGGAUCAGGAACGAAAGGUUCCCAGUCAUAUUGAGAUGCAGAGAAAGAGCUUACCGGUAUUUCAGUUUAGGGAUGAAAUAAUUGAAACCAUAACUAAAAAUUCUGUUACUUUAAUUAAAGGAGAAACUGGUUGCGGAAAAUCGACCCAGGUGUGUCAGUAUCUCCUGGAACACUUUAUAAAUUCGGGCAGAGGCUCCGAAUUCUCGGCUUUUAUAACACAACCACGUCGUAUAAGUGCAAUUACUUUAGCAGAACGCGUUGCAGAAGAAAGAGGUGAAACACUUGGAACUUCUGUUGGUUACAGCGUAAGAUUUGACUCAUUGCAUCCUCGCCCUUACGGCGCCGUAAUGUUCGUCACCGUUGGAGUUCUGCUGAAGAGAUUCGAGGCCGGUUUGAGAGGCAUAAGCUGUGUUAUAGUGGAUGAAAUUCAUGAACGUGAUAUAAACACAGAUUUUAUCUUAAUUGUGCUAAGAGAUCUUAUUCGGCAGUAUCCUGAUUUACGCGUUGUUCUUAUGUCGGCUACUAUCGAUACGGAGCUGUUCACCUCCUACUUUGGCACUUGCCCAGUAAUCGCUCUGAAGGGACGCACAUUUCCAGUACAACACUACUUUUUGGAAGACAUCGUCCAAAUGUUAAAAUUUAUGCCUUCUUGCCCUGAUAGCAAAAAGAAAAAUCGUGAGUUCGAUGAGGAAGGAGCAGAAAUUGUGGAUGAGGCUGUGAACCUGAACACUACAGUGGAUUCUGCAUACGGUCCAAACACAAGAUUAGCGCUAAGUCGUCUUUCAGAGAAAGAAAUUUCAAUUGAACUUAUUGAAGCACUGCUAAACAAGAUAGAUGAACAGAAUGAGGAAGGAGCAGUUUUGGUUUUCUUGCCUGGUUGGAAUCUCAUUUCAAUGUUGCUCGCACAUCUUAGCAGUCAUCCAGUGUUUGGAAAUACCACUCGUUACAUUAUUUUGCCACUACAUUCACAGUUGACUGGCCAGGAGCAGCGACGAGUUUUUCAAAAUUAUUCGCCGCCUAUCAGAAAAGUUAUCCUUUCUACAAACAUUGCGGAGACUAGCGUAACGAUCGAUGAUGUUGUAUUUGUUAUUGAUAGCUGCAAAGCUAAAGAGAAAAUGUAUACCUCACACAAUAAUAUGGUGCAUUAUGCUACAGUGUGGGCAUCUCGUACUAAUUUGUUACAACGCCGUGGACGUGCUGGUCGAGUUCGCGAGGGCUAUUGCUUCCAUCUUUGUUCUAAAGCUCGCUAUGCCGCCUUGGAAGAACAUCGGACAGCAGAAAUGCUUCGUACACCGCUGCAAGAAAUCGCAUUAACUAUAAAACUUCUUGGCUUUGGAUCUAUUGGCGAUUUCCUUGCAAAGGCUAUUGAGCCGCCUCCUAUUGAUACAAUUGUUGAAGCUGAGGUUCUGUUAAGAGAAAUGGCUGCCCUUAACUCAUUCAAUGAAUUGACUGCGUUGGGACGGAUUUUAGCCCGCUUGCCAAUCGAACCAAUGAUUGGAAAAACAUUUAUACUCGCCACUGUCCUCGGGGUUGGUGAAUUGUUUGCAACAUUAGCAGCAGCUUCGUCUUUCAAUACUCCGUUUAUUCCGAGAGAUCGUAUAUCAUCAAAAUUAUCGCCUAAGCAACGUUCAUUCUCUGGUGAUCGCUACUCCGAUCAUGUUGCAUUAAUUUCUCUUUUUAAUGAGUGGAGGGAAUGUUCCGAAGCAGGACCGUUGGAGGAAAAGAAUUUCUGUGAACAUUUUUCUCUUAGCUCAACUAUACUGCGCAUGACUAGCGACGCCAAACGGCAGUUGACUGAAGUUAUGGUGAAUAAUUCCGGAUUUUCUGAAUCGUUGUUCACUCCAACUACUGUUUCGAAUAGGGGAAAGGAUUUUAACCUUGAUUUUAUUAUCUCACUUCUCGUUUAUGCUUUGUAUCCUAACGUAUGUCAUCAUCGUGACAAAAGAAGAGUGUAUACUUUGGAGCUUGCUACGGCAUUGAUGAGCAAGCAGUCAGUCAAUGUGCCGUUGCAUAGUGCAGAUAUUAUCUCGUUCCCUUCUCCGCUAUUUGUUUUCUCAGAAAAACUUCGUACGCGGGUCAUAUCUUGUGUUCAACUGUCCAAUAUUACACCGCUGCAAUUGUUACUCUUUGGAAGCCGUAAAGUCGAAGCACUUGGUCCUUCGCUCGUGAAAUUAGAUGAUAUGAUUCCUUUGAAAAUGGACGCUACUAUAGCCGCUCGCAUUGUAGCACUACGUCCGUGCAUAGAAGCUUUACUUGUAAGAACUUGCCUGAGUCCUGAAAGUGUGGGGAGUCCGUCAGGCAAAGAUGCUUGCUUGAUUGAAAUACUUCGCCAACUCUCUUCACCAUACGCUUGGCGCUCUGCAAACCAAGGAGAUACGGGUGCCUCCGAAGUUGCUCCGCGAGCUGAUCUGCCAUCCAAUGAAUUAAGGAAUGAAAGAAUAACUUACGGACGCGGAAGAGGUAAAGACUGGACAUACCGUUACAGUUCAUACAGUGGAGGAAGUGGAGGAAGUGGGGGAAGUUACAGUCCUUCGUGCAGGAUUAAUUAUGGACAGAUGGGUGCGGCUGCUGGUUACGGUUACAGUGGCGCUGACAAUGGAACUUGGCCUCGAGCAUCAGUACAAGGAACAGUUCUUCAUAUCGGUCGCAUCCUAAUAGUUACGCCCCCUAUGACACUUACCGAUCGUUUCCCAACAAUUAUCAGUAUAACACGAGGAGAGGAAGGGCACCCAGGGAUGAUAUGGGUGGAGAUCAAGGGUGGUUCAUGAUU